UUUCGUCAAUACGCACAUCGCAUUCUUUUUCUUAUAGACGUUUUGUCGUGUUUAACUGUAUUUGAUAGAACAAUUCGAACUGCCGGUGAAGGAGAUGUUUUAGUGAAGUGGUCUAGUGACAUUUAUAGUUGAAUUUUUCAAAAUGAUGAUGGAUCAAGCCCAUUUUAGUGAAUACUUGCUGAGACAGCAAAUGCUGCACGCAGCUUCCCUAAGUGGAUUGCAACACAGAGUAGGCGCAGACGCAGAACCGCCUGUAUGUGAAGCCAGACUACUGAAUGGUGAUCUGUGGAGACGGUUUCAUGAUAUAGGCACUGAAAUGAUCAUUACCAAAGGCGGACGGCGUAUGUUCCCUUCGCUUCGUGUGUCUCUGAACGGCCUGGACCCUCGUGAAGAGUACUGUGUAUUACUAGAGUUAUCCCUCGUCGGUCGACGCCGUUGGCGUUGGGCGGGCGGCGCUUGGGCGGCUGCAGGUGGCGCUGAACCUCAAUCACCAAGAAGACUGAUGCUCCAUCCUGAUUCACCAGCCCCUGGACACCAUUGGACGGCGAACCCGAUCUCAUUUAGCAAACUUAAACUUACAAAUAACACCAUGGAUGCACAGGGUCAUAUGGUUCUAACGUCGAUGCAUAAGUACCGACCGAGGGUCCUGGUGGUUCGGGCUCGUGAUGCCGCAGCCCUGGCGUGGGGAGCUCCUCAUGCCUCCUUUUCAUUCCCUGAGACUGAAUUCAUAGCUGUUACAGCUUACCAGAACGAUCGCAUAACAAAAUUGAAGAUCGACAACAACCCAUUCGCCAAAGGUUUUCGCGCGUGUGGACAAUCGAAAUGCAAGAGGAAAACCUCAGACCCAGAAACCGGAUCAGAACCAAAUGAGUCUCCCGAGCCAAAACGACCUUGUUCUGACGCCGCAUCAUCGUGUUCUGAAGAGGGUAGCCUUAGAUCUACGUCACCUCGAUCGCCUCCUCUCAUCGACUCUCCAGCUCCCUUGAUUCGUCAAACACCAGACUUUACACCUCCAUUCUACCCCGAAUUACCAUAUAUGCCGCUACAUAUGCCCGUACCACUUGGCAUGUGGCCAAGUGGACCGACUAACCCAUUUCUGCCAUCGUGGAGUCCACCUCAAGCACCAGUUCCUAGGAUACCAUCACCUCCAGAACCAGCCCCCUGUCGACGAGUAAAGAGCUUCACAAUUAGUGCUUUGCUCGGUGAAGGCUGAAUCUGAAGUUAAUAUAACGGGAAUUACAUGCAAUGUUUAGUCAGCUGUGACUGACACUUCUGUGAACUUUAUGUACAUAAAGUAUAAAUAAUAUUGGCUUACUGUCUAGUAUUAAUGCCAUAAGUCAGUCCUUUUGUCUCUCGGAAAUUAAGUGUAUUUUGUUAUUUAUUUGACAGGCCAUAAUGUUCGAAUAUCUUUAAAAUACUUUUAAAUUUUAAUGAAAAUAGCAAAAUAUAGGUUAAUUUUAGAGUUUAAGAGUUUGUAGUGAAGAUAAAUUAUAAAAUAUUUAAGUAUAAUGUAUACUUACUUAUAAAAGUCUACCUCGUAGUUCGAAAUCAUGUAAUAAUAAUGGUUUUGUGAUAGUUGUGCCUUAAUUAUGUAAAAAUAUUACUUUAUGCUAGAAUUUAAGUUUAAUACUGAAAUCUCACUGUUAGAUUAAGAACAAAUGUAUGUAUCGCGGAAAUAUAAAUAAUGUACAUAUGUCUUAUAAGCUAUUUAAA